AAUUUUUCCCUUUUCUUUUUUCUUUCUCUUUUCUCUUUUCAAACCAAUUUCCUUAUAUUAUCUUUAACCAAAAAGGCAUUUUUACUAGUCUUUUACACUUGAUUUCGAAGCAUGUCCCUUAAUAAUCAGAUCAUCGUGGUUGGUGGUGGCCUUUCAGGUCUUUCUGCUGCUCAUACAGUACUUGAACAUGGUGGUAAUGUCUUAUUGCUCGAUAAGAAUCCUUUCUUUGGUGGCAACUCCACCAAAGCAACUUCUGGUAUCAAUGGAGCCCUCACACGCACGCAAAUUGCACAGGGCAUUCAAGACUCUGUUGAACAAUUCUAUCAAGAUACUCUUAAAUCUGCACGUGAUUUAGCUCGUCCUGAACUCAUCAAGGUUUUGACUGGUCGUUCAGCAUCGGCUGUUGAAUGGCUUCAGGACAAAUUUGAGCUCGAUUUGUCGCUUGUCGCUCGUUUAGGUGGCCAUUCAUUCCCACGUACUCAUCGUGGUAAAGAACAGUUCCCGGGUAUGACCAUCACUUACGCCCUCAUGGAGGGUCUUGAAGACUUCGCCGCUAGUCAACCUACUCGUGCCAAGAUUAUAAAAAAAGCUAAAGUCACUAAUCUCAUCAAAGAUAACGACAACAACGUUAUCGGUGUUGAAUAUGUGAUGGUCAAUAACGGUAAAGAAGACGGCCCCGUGAAGAAGGAGUAUGGUCCCGUCAUUUUGGCUACUGGUGGUUACGCUGCUGAUUUCACUGACAACUCGCUCUUGAAGAAGCAUCGUCCUGAGCUAUUCAAUUUGUCCACCACCAACGGAGACCAUUGUACAGGUGAUGGUAUUAAAAUGGCCGCUAUUGCUGGAGCCAGUACAAUCGACAUGGAAAAAGUCCAGGUUCACCCUACUGGUCUGGUGGAUCCCAAAGAGCCUGAUGCUAAAGUCAAGUUUUUAGCUGCUGAAGCUCUUCGUGGAUGCGGUGGUAUUCUUUUAGAUGCUGAUGGUAACCGUUUCUGUGACGAGUUAGGACAUCGUGAUUAUGUCACUGGUAUGAUGAAUAAGAACAAGUUCCCUAUUCGUCUUAUCUUGAACACAGCUGCAUCCAAAGAAAUUGAGUGGCAUUGUUUGCAUUAUGCUGGUCGUGGUUUGAUGAAGAAAUUCGCAGAUGGUAAAGCAUUAGCUAAAGAAAUGGGUAUCUCACCUCAACACCUUGAACAAACUUUCGAAACCUACAACCGUAUUGCUGAGGGUAAAGAGAAGGAUCCUUGGGGAAAGCGAUUCUUCCAUAAUGUUCCUAUCAAAAUGACUGAUUACUUUUAUGUUGCCCUCAUGCAGCCUGUCCUUCACUACACUAUGGGUGGUGUCGAAAUUACCCCUGAUGCUGAAAUCAAAUCUACCCAAGGCCAACCUAUUCCUGGUCUCUUUGCAACCGGUGAAAUGUGCGGCGGUGUUCACGGUGCCAACCGUCUUGGUGGCUCUUCACUUUUGGGUUGUGUUGUAUUUGGUCGUGUCGCUGGUCAAACUGCUUCCCGUUACUUAUUCUCUAACUUGGUGAAUAACAGCAACCCAACACAAGUUGCUCGACAGCGUUUGGGUGCCAUUGGUCAGCAUUUGAACGGUGGUAUUGGUCUCAAUAUUGUCGUCCAUCCUAAUAAUGUCAUCAGUUUGGAUAUCGCUUUACCUCAGCAACAGCAACAAGGUGGUAACCAAAGCAUCGAGGCAGCUCCCAGUGCUAUUGCUGCUGCCGAAGCACAACAGCCAAAGGAUGAGGAAAAGAAAGCAGAUGAACCCAAGAAAAUGGGCGAAUAUACACUCGAGGAUGUCGCUAAACAUAAUAAGCCUGACGAUUGCUGGGUUGUAGUAAACGGCCAAGUUUUAGAUGUUACCAACUUCCUUCCUGAUCAUCCCGGUGGAAAGAAGGCUAUCUUGAUUUAUGCUGGUCGUGAUGCUACUGCCGAAUUCAAUAUGAUGCACAAGCCUGAUGUUGUUCAAAAGUAUGCCCCUUCUGCUAUCAUUGGCACCCUUAAAAAGUAGAAUAAUCUCGUCCACAUAUAAGUAUAUUAUGAUAAAACCAUUGCUCCAUAUCGGUAUCCUGUCUAAGCUUUAUUCUAUUCCCCUCUACUCAAAAGAAUGACCAUCAAUAAAAAAUAUUAUUCCCCUUUCUAUUGCAUGCAAAUCACACAUGGAUCAAAGUAUUGAUUUAUACAGUCACU